AUGUGCAGUACUAGCUUCCUUCUCCUCUGGAUCUUCGUCGGCUUGAACGUGGUGGAGGUGGCGGGGUCCCAGCAAGGGAUCCCACUGUCAGUCAUAAAGCUCUGGGCCUCAGCAUUUGGUGGAGAAAUUAAAUCCAUUUCUGCAAAAUAUUCUGGAUCCCAACUACUGCAAAAGAAAUAUAAAGAAUUUGAAAAGUCAGUCAGAGUGGAGGAAAUCGAUGGUGUGAAACUGGUCAAAAAUCUGGCUGUGAAGAUGGAGGAAAUGUUCCACAGAAAAGCGGAGGCCACAAGGCGGCUGGUGGAAGCGGCAGAAGAAGCGCACCAUCAGCAUGAGGAUAAUCCCGACCUGCAGUAUGAGUACUUCAAUGCUGUGCUGAUCAAUGAAGUGGACGAGGAGGGCAAUAACGUGGAGCUGGGGGGAGAGUUCCUCCUGGAGCCCAACGAUCAUUUCAAUAACCUGUCGGUCAACCUGAGCCUCAGUGUGGUGCAGGUCCCCACCAACAUGUACAAUAAAGAUCCCGACAUAGUGAACGGAGUGUACUGGUCCGAGGCUUUGAAUAAAGUGUUUGUAGAUAAUUUUGAGAGAGACCCCACACUCAUCUGGCAGUACUUUGGGAGUGCCAAGGGUUUCUUCAGGCAGUACCCUGGAGUGAAGUGGCAUCCAGAUGAACAUGGUGUCAUUGGCUUUGACUGCAGAAAUCGGAAGUGGUACAUCCAGGCAGCAACAUCUCCAAAGGAUGUAGUUAUCUUAGUGGAUGUCAGUGGAAGCAUGAAAGGACUGAGGCUGACCAUCGCCAGACAGACUGUCUCCUCCAUAUUAGACACACUGGGAGAUGACGACUUCUUCAACAUCAUUGCAUAUAAUCAGGAGAUUCACUAUGUGGAGCCUUGUUUGAAUGGCACGCUGGUCCGGGCCGACAGAAACAAUAAAGACCAUUUCCGUGAACAUCUGGACAAGCUGUUUGCCAAAGGGAUCGGGCUGCUGGGUGAAGCUCUGACCGAAGCGUUCACAAUCCUGAGUGACUUUAACCAGACUGGUCGUGGCAGUGUGUGCAGUCAGGCCAUAAUGCUUGUGACCGACGGGGCGACUGAAAUGUACGACGACGUUUUCGAGAAGCACAAUUGGCCAGAAAGAAAGGUGCGGAUAUUCCCUUACCUGAUUGGACGAGAGUCUGCGUUUGCUGAUAACCUCAAAUGGAUGGCUUGUGCCAACAAAGGAUAUUUCAGUCAGAUCUCCACCUUAGCGGACGUUCAGGAGAACGUGAUGAGGUAUCUUCAUGUCAUGAGCCGCCCAAAGGUUAUCGAUCACGAGCAUGACACAGUGUGGACUGAAGCUUACGUGGACAGCGCUCUUUCACAGGCUCAUAAGCUGAAAGUCAAAACGGGCCCAAGUCUGAUGACUACAGUAGCCAUGCCUGUCUUCAGCACAAAGAAUGAAACGAAGAACCAGGGUAUUCUGUUGGGGGUCGUAGGAACAGACAUCCCUCUGCAGGAGCUGAUGAAGCUCAUCCCCAAACAUAUGUUAGGGAUCCAUGGGUAUGCGUUUGCCAUCACAAACAAUGGCUACAUCCUGACACAUCCGGACCUCAGACCUUUGUACCAGGAGGGUCAGAAGAGGAGGAAGCCCAACUACAGCAGUGUGGAUCUCUCGGAGGUGGAGUGGGAGGACAAAGAUGACAUUCUACGCAACGCGAUGGUGAACAGGAGGACAGGUACUUUCUCUAUGGAGGUGAAGAAGACGGUGGAUAGAGGGAGACGUGUCCUUAAGAUGCACAAUGACUAUUAUUACACUGACAUCAAAGGAACUCCAUUCAGUGUCGGAGUGGCUCUUUCCAGAGGCCACGGGAAGUACUUCUUCAGAGGAAAUGUAUCAGUUGAAGCAGGCCUCCGUGAUCUGGAACAGCCAGAUGUCGCCCUGGCAGACGAAUGGACCUACUGCAACACAGAGGAGCAGCAUGAGCAUCGUCACCUGACCCAGAUUCAAGCCAUCAAGCUCUUCAUGACGGGCCGCAGACCGCACCUCAAAUGUGACAGAGAGCUGAUCCAGGAGGUUUUAUUUGAUGCUGUGGUGACUGCUCCACUGGAGGCCUACUGGACGGGACUGGCCCUCAACAAGUCAGAGAACUCAGACAAAGGAGUGGAGAUUGCUUUUCUGGGAACCCGCACCGGCCUGUCGAGAACCAACCUGUUUGUGCCCGUCGAUCAGCUUUCCAAUCAAGAUUUCCUGACAGCGGAGGACAAGGAGGGUGUGUUUAAUGCAGAUCACUUCCCUCUGUGGUACAAGAGAGCAGCAGAGCAGGUCCCCGGCACAUUUAUCUACUCCAUCCCCUUCAGCACAGCUUUAGAAAAUAAGAGUGUGGUUUUGGCCAGCACAGCAAUUCAGCUCCUUGAUGACAGAAAGUCUCCAAUUGUUGCAGCUGUAGGGAUCCAGAUGAAGCUUGAGUUCUUUCAGAGGAAGUUCUGGACUGCCUGCAGACAGUGUACGGCUCUGGAUGGGAAGUGCAGCAUUAGCUGUGAUAAUGAGGACAUCAACUGUUAUCUCAUUGACAACAAUGGUUUCAUUCUUGUCACAGAGGAGCAAUCUCAGACAGGGCUCUUCUUUGGAGAAGUGGAGGGGGCUGUUAUGAACAAACUUCUCCAAAUGGGAUCCUUCAAAAGGAUCACGCUGUAUGACUACCAGGCCCUUUGCAAAGAGUACGCUGGGAGCAGCGACAGUGCACGCACUUUAUCAGAUCCUUUCACUGUGGUCAAGUGGCUCCUGACUGAACUUGUCAUUUUUCUGCUAGAAUUUAACCUGUACAGCUGGUGGAAUGUCGACCUUUCAGUUAAAGCUCAGAGGUCACGUGGUAAAACCAUGAUGGUUCCAUGUGACACAGAAUAUCCUGCUUUUGUCUCUGAACGCACCAUCAAAGAAACAACAGGCAACAUUGACUGUGAGGGCUGCAUCAGAUCAUUCGUCAUACAGCAGAUCCCCAGCAGCAACCUCUUCAUGGUUGUUGUGGACAACAAGUGUGACUGCAGCAGUGCUCCUCCAGUAACUAUGGAUCCCAUCGAGAUCAUGUACAAUGAGUCACUAAAAUGUGACAGACUGAAGUUUCAGAAGGACAGAAAGAAACCUGAAUCAUGUCAUCCUUUCCACCCUGAGGAAAAUGCCAUGGAGUGUGGUUCAGCUACACGCCUCUCCAGUCCUCUAACAACAACUCUGCUCCCUCUGAUAGCAGCGACCGUCAGCAGGUGACCAUUAACAG